AUGGUGCCGUUUCUGAACAAUAUAUACAGCAAGUGUAGGGAGCAUAUCGAACGCAAGCUGACCAUUUCGAGCAAGAGGAAGAUCUACAUAAUUAACAACAGCUUGUUUCUGUCCUUCAUCCUGUUCUACAUUUCCUACUUUUUCUUCAUCAAUGGGAUAAUUAACCCGGCCGUUAAAAUCGUCUUUCACGGGAACAUCAUCGCGGACAGCACGCAGGUGUACGAGAAUUCCAUCCUCGAGUCAAUAUGGCUGCUCUUCACGAGCAAGAGUUACUUCAACAUGGGCAUGCUGCUGUUCUUCUCGAUCAUCAUCCCCGUUUUGAAGUUUAUAAUGGUGAGCGAUAAUUUUUACUGCUUCUUCAAGUUGUAUAAUUUGAAUCUUCAGCAUGAGGAGGAAGAAAAGGAAGAGGAGGAGGACGACAUUUUUUUUAUCAACACAGUGAACGAAAAUGAGCAAUUUAUUUUGAAGAAGUUCAGCAUUUUGAGUUCCAUUUCGAGGUUCCAAUUUGUGGACGUCUUGAUUUCGCUCUUCAUCGUUUCGUCUUUAAAUCUGUACCUAUUGGAGGCGAAGAUUUUAAGUGGCGCAUACCACUUUUUGAACUACUGUUUGUUGUCCACCAUUUCGUCUUUCUUCCUGCUCACGCUGACGUCACUUAAAAUUAGUAUAUUCAAAAGGGGAAACAUAAAAAUAUAUGCCUUACCAACGGAGAGGCGUUUAAGUGGAAGGAAUAGUCUCCAGAAGGAUACACGAGACAACAGGGUGUUGGACGGUGUCAAGGGGGAAGGAGUCAUAUCCCAUGGGCAGUUGAAGAACGGGAGGAAUGACGCACCCGUUGGUGAAGUGAAAAAAACUCAUUUGGCACAUACGGAAGGGGAAAACCCUGAUGAAGAAGAGGAGAAUGAUAGUAAUAAUGGGGUAGACACUCCAGAGCAACGUGAUUCCCUUUUGAGGAAGGGAGCAGAAUUAAUGGGUCUUACAAAGAACAGCCGAAAAGGUGGGAAAAAAAAGGUUUCCCAUGAAGAUCACCUACCAGGAGGGGCAGGAAUAAUUACCCAUCGGGGGGUAUAUCAUCCUGGAAUAUAUCAUCGUGAUAAUAUCAUUCCCGGGGUGCACCAGAGGGGGGCACAUUCACGUGAAAUUCACUAUACUGGUGCGAUGAAGAGAGGGAGUGAUAGUUGGAAAGGAGAAGCAGAGCCCAUGACAUAUGAUCAUGAGGAUAUUAAUAGUAGCAUAAACGAAAGGGGAAUAUUGAGUAAAAAGAAGGUAAAUCUAGAACCAACACAAUUACAACCACACGAAAGGUAUGAGAAGCAACUCCUCUGUUAUAACAAGCUCCAAACAUUGAACAAUAUAAACUACCUAUACAAGGUCAUGAAAAAUAAUGACGCGUACAUUUAUUUGAAGAAAAAAAAGUUUAACUCUUUAUUGAAGAUGAAUUUUCAACAUUGUAGAUUGAAUAAGAUCAAGAUAUGGUAUGCCUGUUUUCUGUUCCUGUUCCUCUGUCUGUGCGUAUAUUUAAUUACGGCGGUGGAGUGCACCAUGGUGGGCAUAUACAUCUACCUCAGUUACUUCAACUUCAACGUGGAGGGGAUAUUAAUCGAUUUUAUUGACAUGCUAAAUAUUUUAAAGUUGAAGAUAAACAGAAGUUACAUUUAUCCCUUCUUUGUGAUGUUGCCAUUUAUCUUCCCUGUCAUUAUUGGGGUGUCCUUCUUUUUGAGUGUGUUAUUCAUGAACCUAUAUUAUGUGAAUUUUUCUCGUGGGUAUAAGAAGAUGUGUGCGAUGAAUGACGAGCUGGUAUUCAAUCCCGAAGUGGAAGACAAUCAAAAGAUGAUGGUGUCAGAACGGUAUAACUAUUUAUAUAUAAAGAAGGAGAUUGAAAAGAAUGAUCGUCUGUCAAACACUUCCGACGAUCUGACGUCUCCAAAUAACAGUACCAUUUCGAGUAGCAAAAGUGAAGACAUAAAUACCAGUUUUAUUUUCAGUAGAAUGUUAAACUUUUAUUUUUCCCUCUCCGUUUUUUUUACGUCCAUUUGUUCCUUCUGUAUGCAUAUAUCAUUGGGGGAGAUUAUUUCCAUUUCUUUGCUGACGUUCUAUCAGAUAGUGAAGCACACGAAUAAUUUAAAUAUAAUAGUUUUAUAUAAAAGUAGUACAGUAAAGUUUUGCAAGUUUUUUCUCUUCGUUGUGUAUGGCCUGUUGUGUCUGUCGAUCAACCUGUAUGUCAGUCAGUGGGAGUUGUAUGUGAAGAAGCUGAAGAAGACGAAGAAGAGGAUCGCUCUUUUUCAGAAUAACCGUUAUAGCGAAAUAGUGGAUUUGAACAUCCAGAAGCAUGAGCACUGGCACGUGCCCAUUUAUUCUUACUUCUUCCAGUUUCUGCUAAAGAAGGAACACUUUUUCACCCCCUCGAUGAAACACAAUCAGAUUACCAAAGAACAUACUGACACGGUGCAAACCAUGAUGAUGUAUCGUGUGUAUGAAAAUGACACCAGUUUGGGUUAUCAGAACACACGUGUUGAUAACGACGAGAUGAUUGAAUUCAAUUUAAUUUCAGAGAGGGGUUCCCAACUCAGUGCCGAUGAUGGACAAGCACAUCCUGCACCGACAAGCGCACCAACCAUCGCACCGACAAUCGCACCUACAAUCCCACCUACAACGGAAGUAACAACAGAUGUAACAAGGGAAGUUCGAACGGAAGUACCUGAAGAAGUUCCUGCAGGGGUGAGAAGCCCUGACCAAGAUGAAUGCUUUGUGAACAGCGGCACAACACGCACCCCACGAAGUGCACCCAGUGAUGGUUUGGGGGGUGGUGAAAAAGGACACUCUUCAGCAGAAGCGGAAGAGCAGGAAGAAGGUGACUCCCCCGGGGUAGGGGCCAUUGCGGUGGCAUCUGAAAGUUCAGACGUUGCAGACAAAGGAGAAAACGUCAACCAGGGGGGAGUAACUACCUCUGGAGAGGAAAACCAAGUGGAAGAAGCCGAAUCGGGAGAAGUCUCCAAAAAAGGAACAACAUUUAAGAAUGACCCGAAGGGGUACUUGAAAAAUAUGAUGCCCAUAAAAUCGAUUUUACUAUUCCACCUGGAGAAGAGGAAAAAGAAAAAGAGUAAAGGAAGUGGUGAUGGAGGAGGAAAAGGUUUUGGCGGUCUGAUUGAAAGGCUUCUGAGGAAAGUACUAGGAGUGGGAAGUUCAGAAAAAUUCUCACGAAUGUUUAUCCUCCUGCAUGGAUUUCUUUUUCUGUUAAUUUUUAUAACCACGUUUAUGGUGUUCUUUAAGAAGGAGGCUGUAUUCCGCUUCAACAUGAAUGCAGUGAAUAAGAGGCUCAAUACCUUUUUUAAGUCAGCCCAUUUUCAUUCGCUCAUUCCGAACAGUAUUGGGAAGUGCAAAACGAAGAAGUACUUGGCAAAGGAACCCUGUUACAAUAUCGGCCAUAUCUAUCACGAGGAGAAAACUUUCUACCAUGCGACGUUGCUCUUUUUGCAAGGAAUUAGUUCUAUUAAAAUAGCUAAUCUCCAUUUUUACUACGAAAAAGGAAAGUACAACUUAAUCCUGGAUGGUUAUUUCAAGCAUAUAAUUGGUCCACUUUUUUUAAAGCUAUGCAUAGGAACGAACUUCUGUCCGAUCAGUACCUAUGCCUUCCUCAUUGGAAGUAAACCUACCUUCUCGAUCACCAUGUCUGCUCACUGUAAUGAUAGGACGCCUCCCAACUAUAUAUCCGACAUUGUAGUGAAAGAUUUGAAAAUAACAAAAAUUGAAGUAAUCAAACAUAACGAUAUAAUUGAAAACGUGGAUAUACAGCUGGACGAUGUGCAGGAGCGUGUGCAGGAGAAGGUAAACAGCAUGCUCGCUGAGCGUAAGCGCUUCAUCCUUUGGAAGAGGCAUAAGUACAACUUGGAGGGAUUUAUAAACUACCUGAUUUCGAAGAACGCCUUGGCCGGAUUUUCCUGCAAGCCAAUGAAUUAUCAAGAUUUGUGA